AUGUCGCAUCCAGCGCAACCCGCACUGAGCUCGGCCAUCUCGCGCCGUAAUCCGGAGGAUGAGUACGAGCUGAUCCACAAGAUUGGCUCGGGCACGUACGGCGAUGUCUACAAGGCCAAGAAGCUGCAGUCGAACGAGUUGGCCGCGAUCAAGGUGAUCAAGCUCGAGCCGGGCGAUGACAUCCUGAUCAUUCAGCAGGAGAUCCUGAUGAUGCGGGACUGCCGCCACUCGAACAUCAUCUCGUACUAUGGAUCGUACAUGCGGCACGACAAGCUGUGGAUCUGCAUGGAGUACUGCGGGGGCGGCAGCCUGCAGGACAUCUACCAGGUGACGGGGCCGCUGACCGAGCUGCAGAUUUCGUACAUGUGCCGCGAGACACUCCGUGGUCUGUCGUACCUGCACUCGAUGGGCAAAAUCCACCGUGACAUUAAGGGAGCCAACAUACUGCUGACCGAGCGGGGCGACGUCAAGCUGGCGGACUUUGGUGUCAGCGCCCAGAUUACGGCCACCAUCAACAAGCGGCGCAGCUUCAUCGGAACCCCGUACUGGAUGGCGCCCGAGGUGGCGGCCGUGGAGCGGAAAGGCGGCUACAACCAUCUGUGCGACAUCUGGGCCUGUGGUAUAACGGCAAUCGAGCUCGCCGAACUGCAGCCGCCCAUGUUCGACCUGCAUCCGAUGCGUGCGCUCUUCCUGAUGUCAAAAAGUGGCUUCAAGCCACCUACCCUGAAGGAGAAGGACCGCUGGAGCUCGAAUUUUCAUUCGUUCCUCAAGGUGGCACUGACGAAAAAUCCCAAAAAGCGACCCACGGCCGAGCGGUUACUGCAGCACGCCUUCUUCCAAUCGGACAUGUCGAUCCGGUUGCCGCAGGAGCUGCUGCAGAAGUACCACAGUCCGCACGCGAGCUACUACUAUCAGGACACGGAGGAGGAAGGAGCCAUCGCCAAUGGACCCCAGCGAAUCACGAGUCGGAUGCAUUCCUCCAGUUCCGUCUAUUGCAAACCAUUGGAAAGUGAGCGUUCUUCUAGUCCGGAAACACUACCGAGUGAUAUGAGUCUAUUGCAUUAUAUAGACGAGGAGUUGAAGAUAAGGCGUACCCUGCCGUUGCACGAUAAUUCGUUGCUUGCCUGCGCCGGCGAUGCAGCGGUGGCCAACAAUGGCAGCCAGCUGGGCCCGGCGGAUGGACGGCAAGUUGGUCUAGGUGGCCGUAGUCGCGUAGGAAGGCUCGACGAUGAGGAUGGUAUCAUCGUGAGGGAGAGUAUCGGUGGCGGCAGUAGCAGCGGCGGUGGCAGUGGCUAUACCAGCAUCGUUGGCGCUGGUACAACAAGCAUGAUGACCACGGCCCUCGGUUACGACAAUAAUUGUCGCGAUGACUCCACACUUAGCUACGCCGAUAUGGAUCAGCUGAGUGCGCGACUCGAGCAGUUGAAUGCGCAAAACGGAGCUAUGGCCAUGAGUGACGCGCAAAAUCACGAUCGUGGUGGUGGUGGCAGUAGCGCCGCCAACAAUGGUAGCAAACGUCGUUCGAUGGACCAAUUGAACGAACUGUUCAAGGAGUUGGAGAAGUCUUCCAGGACGCGUAGUUUGAGUGACGGCGAUGGCAACAGUGAAGGAGGUAAGCCCGAGUCACAGCCGGAUCUGUUGAACAACACACCGCCAAUACCGCCCAAGCGGCAGCAUCGAACGCGACGCCACACACCGCCGCGACCCGUCUCGAACGGGUUGCCACCGACACCGAAGGUGCAUAUGGGCGCCUGCUUUUCGAAGGUCUUCAACGACUGCCCGCUCCGGAUUCACUGUACCGCGUCGUGGAUCCACCCGGAGACGCGCGAUCAACAUCUGCUGAUCGGGGCGGAAGAAGGUAUCUUCAAUCUGAACCUGAACGAACUGCACGACGCAGCGAUCGAGCAGCUGUACCCACGGCGAACGGUUUGGUUGUACGUGAUCAAGGACAUUCUGAUGUCGCUGUCCGGGAAGACGAGUCAGCUUUAUCGGCACGAUCUGCUGGCGCUACAUUCCAAGCAAACGCACCGCUUCUCGCUGCACAUGAAGAAGAUCCCGGAGAAGCUAGUGCCCCGCAAGUUUGCCCUCACGACCAAGGUGCCGGACACGAAGGGCUGUAUGCAGUGCUGCGUGACACGCAACCCGUACAACGGAUACAAGUAUCUGUGCGGUUCGAUGGCGUCCGGUAUCUUCUUGAUGCAAUGGUACGAUCCGCUCAACAAAUUUAUGCUGCUCAAGCAGUGCGAAUGGCCAUCCGGAAACAUCCAGUACUACGGUGCCAACUCGAACGUGUUCGAGAUGAUCAUCACACCGGAGCUGGAGUACCCGAUCGUGUGCGUGAAUGUGCGCAAAGGACCAAACGAUUCGUUGAAGCUGGACUUGAUCAAUACCAACAGCACCUCGAGCUGGUUUAACUCGACGGUGGAAGAGAUGGACGGUAUGGCGACAGUGAUUAACCGGCGGGACACGCUUCGGCCGAUAAAAGUGCAUCAGAUUGAAAAGGAUGCGAUCCUGGUGUGUUACGAUCGAUUCGUACAAAUCGUCGAUAUUCAGGGUUUCCCAAAGGCGAGCCGCAAACUCAUUUCGCGAGUGGAAUUUAGUUUUCUAAUUGAAAGUAUAGUCUGUUUAACUGAUAGUGUAUUAGCAUUUCACAAAUACGGCGUACAGGGCCGCUCGCUGCGGAAUGGUGAAAUUACGCAGGAGAUUACCGACACGAGCCGUAUCUACGAGCUGAUUGGCAGUGACAACAAAGUGGUAAUGCUGCAGAGCCGCACCAUCAAACCGGAUACCGGAACCGAGGGAGCGAACGACAACGUCGUUGGGCACGAUCUGUAUAUAUUGGCCGGCCACGAAGCGAGUUAUUGAGGCUGCAUACGAGCAUGCGAUCGGAGAGAUAAACAAUCGCGUGAUAUCUGAGCGAAGAUCCCGCAGGUCGAAACAGACCUUAGUCUGCUGAAGUUCUGAUUCAAAAAUGUUGAAAGGAGGCAGCUUCUGGCGGGCGGAAUGUUUGGGCGUGAAUGUCCGCGUGUGCGUGUAUGUGAGUGAUAACGAGUCAUUUCUCCUCAUCAGAUAGGUUUCUUAACACAAAACACAAACGAUAAGUGAUUUGAUGAUAGUUUUCGUGUUAGGAUAGGGCAAAGAAUCGUUCGCUGCGAGAGCGCAGCGUAAGAUAACGCGGACGAGCACACGCCCGGUGUGGUCAAUGAGAAAGUAUUACGUUUUGGUUUUAGUAUGCAUUUUGAAAUGUGCCGCGUGAGGAUCAUUCGCACAAGACAGUAACAAGUGUACCUUUGGCUCUGUUACCCAAUGUGCCCAACGAUUUGCCGCUGUUUCUUUCCAGUUUGUCAAAAUCCUCUGUUGAUCGGAGAAUAGUAUAGAAUACUGUUUUGUGCUGGGCAACCAUUGUGCCGCAGCGGAGCAUUCUGCUGCCCUUAAGAAUUUGUUACGAUGAGUUCCACCAACAAAUGGCAAUUAAUUGAACGUCAACAAUACACGCGUGCGCGUACAAAUCUUAUCAAAUCCCCACGUGUAAAGCAAAACUACAAACCACACCCGAAGCCGACCAUCCAAACUACUCCAGUAAAUCAAUUUCUCAAUCGUAGUGCAAUCAGAUUCCAAAACUAAACACCUACAGCGCAGAGUAGAGAGUAUAUUUUUAUACUGUGAGGGAUCGAACCGUCUUUUUUCUGUUUCCGAUAUCGUUCGAUGGACAGCAUUGUCCGACGGAAUGGAUUGGGACUACUUUUGUGACCCGCGACACGAAAGUGAUCAUUGUGGAAGGAAUGGAAGUACUAUUUACAUCCCCAUAGCUGCAAAAGAAAGGACACAGUUUUCGGUUAAUGUAAAAACAAAACACUAUCCCUACCAGGCCCCCGUGAGCAAUAAGCAAAAACUUUAACCGCAUGAUAGGCGAAAAAUUACAAAACAAUAUGCAAUAAAUGCUCUAGCCCGCUUGUCGAGUUCGCUGUCCCAUUCCGAUAGCCUUGAAAUGGCUGGAUUCUAUAUUUUUCGGUUUUGCUAAAAUCGGCAAAGUAAAACACACAGCAAUAAACAAACAAAAAGGGGGGCAUCAAUAAGAACGUUAUAGCAGACGAGAGAAUAUUAAACAAAACGAAAAAUAACAGAUAAAAUAUUACAGAACCGUUACCCCGGUGUAAAGGUAUUGAUCAAUAGAAGAAAGGUACGAACAGAAAAUGGACGAUCGAUGAGCACCGCCGUCGAAAACGGGCUGACCAAACUAGAAAAAGCAAUCUAUUUAAAAAGAUAAAACAAAACCCUACCGCCAAAGGUACAGAGGCGCAUCCACGCUGGCAAGCAACCCGAACAAAAACACUCCAGAGUUUACGGCAUUUCCGUUUCUUUUUAUUAAGAGGGUUUUUUUGUUACAAAAUUCCCUAUGAACCAUGGUAGACAAACGAUGUAACAAAUAUUAGCAAAUGACGAAGCGAUGAGGUCGAUUUUACUGUUAAUUACCGUCUUAUUUGUCCCCGCGGAGGUCCGUCGUCUCGUGUAUCUCGUGUUAGCGUUGUUUGCCGUUAUUUGUUCGCUUAUAGAAGCAGCAUACAUUACUAACCAUUAAUUGUACGUGUAACGAUAAUUCUAAUCAACCAAAGGACACGGCCACACCCGAGAGGCGCAGGUCUGGUGCCGCCAGGUCUGUGAAAAAUAUCGAUUUCGAAUAAUCCUUAGUUUGCGACACCGCCAGAGCAGGUCGGAAACAUGAUUCCAGUGCGUCGGUUCCGUUCGCGGUUGCGUUGUCAACCUAGAUCACCUCCCACGAGAAGCCACGCAAUUCCGCAACCCACAUUCAGAUCCUUAGCCCAGCUUUUGGACUUGGGAACCCCUUCUUUUACUGUAAAACGUUUUGCUUCGGAGCAAAUUUUUAGUCUUUGUUUUUAGUCACCGUUCUUAGGAUGAGCCACGAGAAAGCGUAUUCUAAAACCCGGGUGUAGUGGUUACAAUCCAAUUAACCCGAUACGUUUAGUCCAGUCACGCACCUUGUUUGGGAGGAUGAUAAAACAGUCAAACCUUUGAUCACAGGCGUCACAGGAGAACCGGCGACCAAUAACAGCGCCCCUGACUUUGUUUUACUUUUUGUGACCGCGUGGGGAGCACCGCGGGUUGCGCGACGGAGUUUAGAAGCAAGCAGGUGUAUUAGAAAUAGAAUAUAUUAAAGAUAUAUUAAACAAAAAAUGGGCACUUGUUCGGAUCGCGAAAAGUCAGAGAUUCAGGAAAUCAUUCGCACGGUGUUGAGAUUAACUAAAGCAGGGAAUACAACGGAGAACGCGUGAUGGCAAGAGAAAUAAAAUCGUGUGUGAACCAGCCAGUAAACACAAUUCCUUUACAAUGACCGUGAGGAACUCUCUCGCGGAGAGUCCGACCAAUUCGUUCGUUGGCGAGAAGCGAUGCUCCUGUACACAAUGAUAAAUUAAAAUGUUGCAAAACAAAUAGAUUGCGAACGCGCAGAAAGCAUACAAUCAAAUACCGUGAAGGUUAUCGUUUUCAGGCUGAUGGUGAUCGGUAAGAAAAGACA